UGAUAACUUAACACAAUCGCACCCUCAAUUCAAUUCUAUUUAUGCUCACUUGGAAGUUUUAAGCUUGGAAAAGGUAGUUUAUGAGCAACAUAUUCGAUCUCAAACAAUGAACAUAAUUCCUGGCCAAGAAUUUCUUGAGUUUUUUUAUAAGAUAGAGUCAUUAAUACUUUUAUUAUUCAAAAAGCAUAAUGAAUAUAGGCCUAAUAUUCUUGAAUACAUAUGCAAUAGCUUGCUUUGCAACUUACCAUUAUUGCGAUCUUUCAACAUACUACUUGAUAUUGCUAGCAGUUGUCAACAUGUGAUGGCUGAAAAACAAGAAUUAAAAGAUGAUGUUAGAAUGUUUCUUUACAAACAAAUUGUAUAUAUUUAUAUGAGAAAAAAUCUUAAAGGCAUGAAUAAUGAUGCCCAAACCUCAUCCAAGAUUGAUAAGAAACUUAUGCUAAUAAAGAAGACUAAUAUUCCAACAGACCCUUUACUUGGCUUAAAGCAGCUUCAAACUUGGGUACAGUUAGAUGGUGCUGAGGAA